GCCGAGUCUGGAAACUCCAGAUGACGACACGCAGAAACACAAAUAAGGCUGAAAGUGAAAGUACCAGAGUGACAGUGAUUUCAGGCGUGGAUCAAAGAGGAGCUCUCCACAGCACGUGUAAGUCUGAAAAGGUCACAGAGGGCAUCAUGACAUCACUCAGAUAUCUCACCUGCCUCUUUCUCUUAACUGUAUCCCUGACCGAUCUAUCAAAGGCGGGCUGUAGGGACCAAUUCACAAAAAAUGCAUGGAAGAAAAAUCUAACAAACCGUCUUCCAGACUAUAUUCCUAUUCAGAUGGAUCGCAAACCAGAGGAAGUCAUGGAGUGUAGUAUUAAGAACACAGAUGCAGAGCCUACCCUAGAAGACUGCUUUGAAGAUACUGAUGUUUGUAAGGGGAAAAGCAACAGCUCGACAAGUGUCGCUUUCUACCACUUAAUGUGCCUGACAGACAUAGCCAUGAAUCUAACUGAAAACGAAGAAUCUAAAACCAUUGCAGCAGGUGUCUGUAAAGUGUAUGAAAAAGUGUGCGAGCCAUUUUUGCAAUCUUCCAGCACUCCUGCACCAAAAAUGACAACAUCUUCUACAGCAGCAACAACAACAACAUCACCAGCAACAUCAACCACAGCAACAGCACCACCAUCAUCACCAAAAAUGACAACACCCACAUCUUCUAAAGCAACAGCAACAACAGCAUCACCAGAAACAGCAACCACAACAACAGCACCACUGUCAUCACCAAAAAUGACAACACCCACAUCUUCUAAAGCAACAGCAACAACAGCAUCACCAGAAACAGCAACCACAGCAACAGCACCACCGUCAUCACCAAAAAUGACAACACCCACAUCUUCUAAAGCAACAGCAACAACAGCAUCACCAGAAACAUCAACCACAGCAACAGCACCACUGUCAUCACCAAAAAUGACAACACCCACAUCUUCUAAAGCAACAGCAACAACAGCAUCACCAGAAACAGCAACAUCUACAUCAUCUACAGCAACAACAGUAUCACUGGCAACACCAACAACAGAAUCAAAACCAGCACCAUCAUCGCUGUCUGCGCCUGGAAAAAGUGAUAAGAACAUCGGAGCUUGUGCUACUAAUGAGACAGACAUCUUCAAGCUACAGAUAGUGAUAGCGUUCCUCAUCUUCACCAACGUCCUCGGGCCGUUGGCUGUUUACAUGUACAUGCGCCGCCAGAGGAAUAGAGAGAGCUUCAACGACGUGAAUCGAAACAUGCCGGACACAGUGCAAAUGACGAUUCAGCCACAAACACUCGACCAAAUUGAAGAUAGUGGAGAGGGUGCAGUUUUAUUGAAGACUUCGCAGUGUUCUGUUAUCAUAAAUCCACCUGAAACGACCCAGACCGAAAAACGUCAAAAUGGAUUAGGGCAUUAGACAUGCUGAGCUCAUAAGAAGCCGCGUAUCUGUGGAACCUGUCACAUAAUCUGAAUACGAGGAGCUGCUCUGCACUGCUUGGUAACAGUCCAGGAGGAGCAAGUCUUUUGUGAAUGUUUCUGAGCCCAAAGAAGGAUGAUCUUGAAAUGUGAAGAGAAGAAGGACUGAACAAGCCGCAGUGAGUAACUGCUCUGCAGUCUCUACUCAAGCUGGUGUGUUGGAUUAACCAGGAAAGGAACUGCAACAAGGAUGUGACUGAGAAAAAAAUUAAGGAAUUUCUGUGCUUCAUGUGAAAUGUUACCUUUACUCCAUUGCUUGGCUGAGGACUUGCCAAAGGAAGCAAACCGCGCUGGAAUGUUGGUGUGGAUGUUGGAGUCUACUUUAACACAGACAACACAAAGUCCAAAUUCAAAGCUGACUACACAAGCCUUUUUAGAUUAACUCAGCUAAUUUAACACACAGCUAACAGGAACUACUCACAGGUGUAUUUACCACUGUCUGUAUGUACCUGCCUUGGAACCGCUUACAGAGGCUGGUUAUCGUGCUACAGGACUUAAUUUUUUAAUAUUAUUUUUUGGACGUGUGAAAUGUAUUUGUAUAUAGCUAUCUGCAUUAAACUGCUCCGCUGUGCAGAAUAGUAUAUUAGGUGUGAAUACAAAAAGAGAAAAAAAAAGUCCUAUUUUUAUGUUAAAGGGCUUGUUUGCUGUGUUCUUAACUAUGUCUGUUCCACAAAGUGUCCAUGUUUGAAAACAGUUCUAACUGGUGGCUCGGUUUUUGUUUUUUCCCGUGGCACGUGUUUAGUAUAUUGUGAUUUAGGUGUAAAGCUAAAGGUACCUAAAAAAUAUAAUUGGAAUAUUUGCUUCAUGCACAAAUGCAUUUUUAGCUAAGCCACCAAAGCAGAUUAGAUUUUACCUAGUCACUUGUGACUAGCUGUGUAGCUUUACCCCUAAAAUGUGAUCUUAUCUGUUCUAGUGUUCUAGAUAAGUUCUGACUUGUGUAUUUGUGGUGAAGAGAAGAUUCCCUACUAGAAUGCAUAUGUUUACACCUCACUGCUAAGAUAACCGUCUUAGCAGUGAUUAAGUAUUAAGAUAUACUUGCUCUUAACCAAUUUAAACAUGCUUUCAGCUUUUCAUACUGCCUCAUUAUGGCACUUGCAUAUGAGCAAUAUCAUAUAAUAUGUAUUUAUCACAAAGUAACAUCAUUGCUAUCUCUCACUGCAUUGGUAAUAUUGUAGACUAAUGAACAGCUGGCCCUACUUGUUUGCUUUUCAAUUGGAAUUUGUGGAAUGGGUUUGGGUUUGAGCUCAGACAAGCGUCCAUUAUUUCCAUACAUACUCGUUAAUGUGGAGCAACAAUGCCCAGGUUAAACAUGUGGAAUUUACGGGGAAAAUAACCUCAAUGGUUGUUAUUUUAUGACAGGGAUCAUAAACAGAUAAGCUUAAUCUCAACUAGGCUGGACUUAUAAAUCAUAUAAUAAGCUACAGAUUUCAAACAAACUGAAAAAAAAAAAAAAAAACACAUACUUUCAGUGAAAAUUGUCCCAUUAAAUCAAUCAUCUACAGGGAUUUUUACCAUCUACUCUUUGUCAUACUUUGCAAAAUCGUUCAGAUGCUUGGACCAAACACUUUGACAGGCUGGUUCUGUUUGUUUGACACCACGAAUAGUAUAUUACAUGUAAUGUGUGACUUUCAAAAUAUAUCAUUGUUUUAAAUAUGUAUAAUUGUGCUACAAUAUAACGCCACAUUUGGAUAUCUGGAGUACCUGCCUGUGAAAGAAAGAUAGUGUGGGAAUGUUUUUUAAGACCUGGACUGAGUUGUUUACAUGAGCCAGAGCAGCUAAAGUUGUUAUUUACGGUAAGUGUCUUUUUUUUGUACUACAUGUAUUUUGAAUAAUGUGAAUAAAAAUAUAUCAUAAAUAACAAGCAAUGAGUGUUGAAUUCUUGAGCUGAAUAAAGCCCCAGAUAGCAAAACACUUCGGGGCGGAUCCGCCUUCAAGUCAGCCGAUCCGCCCCACCCUUCUUGCUCUCCGGACUGGGCCCGCCCCACCUACUGACAGCGGAUUAUCAAAACGCGGCUCCGCCACGGCUCCACGGCGGAGCCCUUCAGCAAACUCGCGCCUUUCCCCACCCCCCUCUUUUUUUCUUUUUCAAAAGUCAACGACUGCUGUCAUAAGGAGAGCAGGAGCAGAGCUUCUCUAAGAUCAAUUCAGCCUGCCUUCCCCCCUCCACCUUGUCUGCUACCUCACUGAAAUAAAAUGAAUAGAAAGACUCUACCUGUCUCCAACUCCACCUUAAGAAGGAGGGCCCGUGUAGACGUAGAAAACCGACUUAAACAAAUGCGGGAUGACGCCACAAAUUUAAUUGACUUUCAGAUGACAACAGAGAGGAACCUUGACCAUGGACACAUCAGUGAAGAGCAUUUUCAUGAAAGUCACACUGGAACUGAUAAUCCACACUGUCUAGACACUGAAACCGGUGCUGGUUUUAGUGAGCAAGAUGGCAUGGAGAUAGAUCUAGGCCUGUCUGAGGAUUUUGAGGAUGCUGCUUGUGAUGUUCAGACUCAGACAUCUGAGUCUGAUCAUUUUGAUGAUGAACUCCAAGACUCGGUUUCACUCUCUGACAGUUUAUCCCACUGGAAUUUCGUAUUUCCUUGGUCGCUUUGACAGCAUUAUUGGCCAUACUUCGCAUUUACCAUUCUGAUAUUCCAAAGGAUGCUAGGACACUCCUCAGAACUGAGACAGAAUACUCAAUUCUUGAAAGGGCUGGAGGACAGUACCACUAUUUUGGCAUUCUGGCUUCUCUUAGAAAUACAUUGUUAAAGUUCAAACACACGUUAGCAGACAGUUUCACUUUGAAGUUACAAAUCAACAUAGAUGGACUUCCUUUGUUCAAGAGUUCUUGUCUGCAGUUGUGGCCCAUCCUUGGUCUACUAUUAAGUGUUCCCAUGAAGGAACCUGUAGUUAUAGGUUUGUUCUGUGGACCAAAGAAACCAAGUUCAGCAAAAGACUUCCUUGAAGACUUUGUUACAGAGUUACAACAGCUUGAAAAUGGUUUUGAUUUAGAAGGUAAACAGUUAAAUCUCAAGCUGCAUACAGUCAUCUUUGACACACCAGCCAGGUCCUUUAUUAAAAACACAAAGAACCACAAUGCCUACCAUGGAUGUGACGAAUGUGUGCAGCCUGGAAACUAUAUUAACAGACGCAUGACAUACCCAUGUGCAGACUAUGCCCUACGGACAGAUGAAUCAUUCACAAACAUGGCCGAUGAGAGUCGUCAUCAUGAAGGACCACAUCCAUUUAUUGGCAGUAGUGUGGGUAUGGUUUCACAGUUCCCUCUAGAUUACAUGCAUUUAGUUUGUUUAGGAGUUGUUAGAAGAAUGCUACACAUCUGGCUCAGGGGUCCUCUGAAUUUUCGAUUGCCUGCGAGCAUAGUGGAAAGAAUGUCAGCAAAACUGUUAGAAAUGCAUUCCUUUAUUCCUGUAGAGUUUGCACGGAAGCCCAGAUCUCUGAGGGAAUUGGAUCGUUGGAAGGCCACAGAAUUUAGACAGUUUCUCCUGUACACAGGACCUGUAAUGCUAGGCACAUUUCUGGAUCAAAAUAUGUACUAUAAUUUCAUGCUACUCUUCUCUGGUGUUGCUAUUUUAGUUAGUCCUAGACUGUCCUGCCACACACAGUAUGCCCGUACUUUGCUGAAAUGUUUUGUUAGUCACUUUGGUGAAAUAUAUGGAAAAGAUCAAAUUGUUUAUAAUGUACAUGGUUUGGUCCAUCUAGCAGGUGAUGUGCAACUACAUGGUUGUCUGGACUCAUUUUCUGCAUUUCCUUAUGAAAAUUAUCUGCAUAAGCUUAAAAAGCUCAUCAGGAAACCAGAGUUCCCCCUUGCCCAAAUAAUCCGUCGAUUGUCUGAAAUUAGAAUUAUGGAAGCUCCUUUAAGUUGUACCUCUUUUAAAAAGCCACAUUAUGUUGGACCAAUUAUAGGUGGACUGUCAGUGAAAGCACAGUAUGGUGAAAUGACCUGUGAUAAGUGGACUGUUAAAGUUUCAACUGGGGAUAAUGUUUUUGUUAUUGGAAAUGAUAUUUGUUGUAUACAUAACAUUGUAGAGUGCAGUGAUGGAGUCUAUGUGGUAUACAAGGAAUUCUCAGAUAAAUCUUUGUUCUUUGAUUAUUUGAAUAUUUAUAAAAUUUCACAAACAUCAGAUUCAUUCAAGUGUGUUAAAGUGUCAGAGCUUGUUGUAAAAUGUACUGUUUUGCCUCAUAGAGAUGGUUUUGUGGCCAUACCAAUGUUCCAUGCCUUUUAGGGACACAUCAGAUUUUUCUCUGUACCUGUCUAUUGUCCUUGCUGGCAGUAUAACUUAAUAGCUAUUAAGGCUGUUUUUUUUCUAACAGGCAUUUAAAAUGUCGAGGAUGAUACCAUUUUGUUAUAUUAUUUUCUAAGCAAAGCAAUUGUGGUAGUGUUGCUGGUUGCAGCUCUUUUUUUUGUUAUUUGUUGUUGUUUGAUUUCUUUUUCCACUUCAAGAUGUUCCAUUUGGUCGAGUUCCAGAGCAACAAAGCAGUAGCAGUAGUACCAGAAAACUGGUGCUGUGAUGGUGCUACCUACUGGCCCAACUAUAGAAACGAUGAAAGAGUGGAUAAGGCAGUAAAAAAUGUAGAGGAACCAGG